CACCGAGGAGACCCGCGAGGAGGCCCGCGAGCAAGCCGCCAAGGCGCGCGCCGAGGCCGAGGCCGAGGCGAAGGAGCGCGUGAAGGCGGCGGAGACGCAGGCGCGCGCCCAGGCCGACGAGAGGAUCGCCGAGGCCGAGGCCGAGGCGAAGGCCAAGGUGCUGAACGGCAAGAAGGCCAAGAAACAGAAGAAGGGCAAGGAUAAGGACAAGGAGAAGGACAAGAAGGACAGGAAGGAGAAGAAAGAGAAGGACAAGGCGAGGGAGAAGGAUGACAAGGCAUCUGGCAGCGACUCCGCCACGGGCUCGGAGUCCGGGGGCUCGGACGCGGACGAGUACGAGGACGAGUCCGAGCUCUCAGACGGGAGCUCCUCAGACUCGGGCGAGGCCAGUGGCCGCCGCAGAAGCCGCAGCCGCCGCGCUGGCCGCCGCAGCCGCAGCCGCAGGAGGCGCCGGCGCCCGCCGCGGC